AUGGUGAAGACUAAUUUAGAGGGUGACAAAAAAAUGCCCGCCAGAAGAGGCUCAUGGAGUCCUGAAGAAGACCAGAAGUUGAAAGCCUAUAUUAAGCGAUAUGGCAUUUGGAAUUGGUGUUGGAUGCCAGAAGCUGGUGGUUUGGCACAAUCUGGGAAAAGUUGCAAGCUCCGUUGGAUGAAUUACCUCAGGCCUGACAUUAAGCGAGGAAACUUCAGCCAGGAAGACGAGGAAACUAUACUCAAGUGGUAUGAAGUGCUGGGAAACCGAUGGUCUGCAACUGCUGCAAAGCUUCCCGGAAGAACUGACAACGAAAUAAAAAAUUACUGGCACACGCACUUGAAAAAGCGAAGUAAGAUCAACACUUCGUCAUCAACGACUAUAUCAGAAAUGGGGAAAUCAUCCGAGGUUGAAGUUAACAAGAACGAUUCUUCCGGGUUUCAAGAUCUCCUACUUUGCGAUGCCCCAAUUUUGCCAAACAUGGAUGCCAUUAAAGGUAUACCGACGUCAACACAAAUGCCCAUUAAUGAUCUCUUUUCUUCACGCGGCACUGAUCCAGUUGUUGAAAUUGUUAGAAGCCAACACAGAGAGGAGAAUUUUAGUUUAUCUGAAAUAUCUUAUCAAAAUGUCCAAAGUAAAUGGCAGCCAUUUUUGUCUCAGGACAUGUGCAUGCUAGAAACAGAUCACCCUGGAUUUAUGGACGUUCCAGCUACUGCGAUGUGGAUCCAAAAGCCCAUGUAUCCAUAUGUUUACCAUGAUACUGGCUAUGAUUUAUGGAUCGAUUGA